AAAUCCCGGGUAAUAUUUACCCAUUCAAGUCAAAAUUUCCAAUCAUCUAAUCAAAAUCUUAUUGACGUUGUGAUACGCGAAAAGUUGUUUAUUUUAAGAUAUUUAAUUUUAAAUAACUGAUAUUAUUAAAGGACGGGUUCAAGUACUUUGUUCAAGAAAUGGAUAAAAUCAUUACAUUAGAAGAAGUUAAGAAACACCGGCGGAAAAACAGCGUGUGGAUAGUUAUCCACAAUGAUGUUUAUGAUGUAACAUCAUACCUGGAAGAGCACCCUGGUGGGGAAGAUGCAUUGUUAGAAGUAGCUGGUCAAGAUGGUACACAAGCCUUUGAAGAUGUUGGCCACAGCGAUGAUGCCAGGGAGAUACUAAAAAAAUUCAAGAUAGGAUCAUUGCCAGUAGAACAGAAAUCAACAUUCCUUCACACUUGUUGCAAAGUGAAGCGUAAACAAAGCCGUUCCCAACACAGCUCAGAAUGUUCUAUGUGCUCAAGCGUCAGCUGUCCAAAUGUACCUCAUACGGAUAAAGAGGAAAAAACAUGGCGGACAUUCGACGGAUCUCCUUCAAGUGAUCGCCUUGACAGGAGAUACGAAAAAUCAAACGGGCCCACUCUUCCCACUAGUCCUUCCGUAGAAAGAAGAGUACAAUCAAUUGUCGUCCCACGCGAAAGGCGUAGGAUACGAAGGAAACCCACCCCAUCACCACCUCCUAGGUUGGUUUUUUUCUUAACAUCUUAACACGUAGUUUCAUUCAGAUGUUCUUAAAACGACGAACAGUCAU